GACUUCUCUCCUCAACCCAACAAAAACCCAAAUCUUGACACCAUGGCUUGCUGUGUCCCCUGCUGCUGCAGCGUCCCCACCGGCCCCGCCACCACCAUCUGCUCCUCGGACAAAUGCUGCCGCUGCGGAGUCUGCCUGCCCAGCACCUGCCCACACGACAUCAGCCUCCUUCAGCCCACCUGCUGUGACACCUGUCCCCCGCCCUGCUGUGAGCCUGACACCUACGUGCCAACUUGCUGGCUGCUCAACUCCUGCCACCCGACUCCCGGACUGUACGGGAUCAACGUGACGACCUGCGUUCAGCCCUGCUGUCAAAGCCCCUGUGAGCCCUGCUAAGCAGCCACGGCUUUGCACAGGUUCCGUGAUGUGCUGCUCAACUUCCUACACAUCACCCAGCCUUCACCACGCUGCAGCCUACAGCGGGCUAACGCCAUACUAUUCCCUGGGCCAUGUUUUCAUGAAUUAGUCCAACUUCUUAAUUCUUUCCUCCUUUGGGGGGACUUGGAGACCUCUGUUCUGUCUUUUAGGCUAUUUUACUGCUCUUUGAGAAAUAACCAUUUUGACUAUUCAUUAAUAAACUUCAUUCUGGCUUA